AUGAAGCAUAGAUUAUUCUCGUCUUUGGAAACCUUUAGACAGAAGAUUGUAACUGACACGGGAGUUUUUUGGAACAACAGAGCAGAGGAUGUAGCUUUGAUAGAAUAUGCAAAAUUAACUGGUCAGCCAUUUAGAGCCUUCAGCCUUGAUACUGGGAGGCUAAAUCUUGAGACAUACAGGUUCUUUGAUACCAUAGAGAAGCACUACAAGAUCAACAUUGAGUACAUGUUUCCUGAUGCAGGGGAAGUACAUGCCCUUGUUAGAAGCAAAGGCCUCUUCUCCUUUUCCGAAGAUGGGCACCAGGAAUGCUGCCAGGUGAGGAAAGUGAGACCUCUAAGGAGAAUGCUGAAAGGCCUCCGCACGUGGAUCACUGGGGGAAUGGUUGGUUGA